AGAGGAUAAAGUCGGUGGCUCAGCUCAGUACUCUCAUUUCUCAUUUCUCAUUUCCCAAAAGCCUUCAGCUCUCUCGAAUUUGCUCCGUCCAUCGCAAUCAAUGGCUAGCCGGUGGUUGAGGCCUGAGGUUUACCCGCUGUUCCUGGCCGUUGGAGCUGCCGUCGGUAUCUGUGGGUUCAGUAUGGUCCGCCACAUGUUGAUCAACCCUGAAGUCAGAGUGUCCAAGGAGAACAGGGCUGCUGGAGUACUGGAGAAUUUUGCUGAGGGAGAAAAGUACCAGGAGCAUAUGCUGAGGAGAUUUGUCCGUAACAAGUCCCCGGAAAUCAUGCCAGGCAUCAACAGCUUCUUCGCUGACCCAGCUAAGUAAUUGAAAUCAUAAUGGAAAUGGGGCAUUGUCAGACAUGGUGACUUUGAAAUCGCUGGUUGCAACUGGAACUUGAGUGGUUGUGUUAAAUUUAACCCGGUUGUUUGGGGUAAACAAUGGAAAUAAAUUCAGUGGAUAAUUAUUAUGUAACCUGAAUUUGGUUGGGAGAAAUGAUUACCGAUGGAUGUUUCCUUAA